AUGUCCGAGAGCCGGGGCUUGACCCUACGAAAGAAGAAGACAAGCAAGAGACCAGUAAUCAGUGCUCCGCAGCAGCAAUCACGGCCACCAGCAGGAGCAGUACAACCUCCCAACAAUGCUCAGCUUCGUCCGCCAAAAGAACGACCUGAACAGUCGGAAACCUCCGAUCUAGUUAAGAGAAGAUACUCGACGCGAUACAACCAGCUUCCUCAGUUCGGCAAUGACAUUCCUGAUGUGCCUGCUCUACCAGGCGCUGGUCCUUCCAACUUCAAGAGAAGGUCCCACGGUUCUCCGAGCCGGCCUCAGUCUUCGCGUUCUGUCGACCCUUUGCGCGUAGAUCAGGCUGUCUUGGCUGAUCCAAGUCUGCAACAUGAACGAUAUGUCACUCAGCUCCUGUCCAAUGCGUCCGAGUCGGAUAUUCAGGAGUAUCAGCAGAAUUUGCACAGGGUCAAGAGGAGGAACUCCAUGGACUUGAAGCAGAGCAUAUAUCAGAACAGGACUCAAUUCAUCAAGAUUAGCAAGGAAGCCGAGAAUCUGAAGAGUGAAAUGACCAAUCUGCGCACACUCAUGUCCGAGCUUACUACUGCUCUCGAACAAUCUUCUGCUGUUACGGGAACGAAUAUUGAUACAGUAGACGCGAAAGCUCGUCGCAAGGCAAAUCGAAGCUCAGUGGCUAACCUGGAGGCUAUGUGGAAUACCCAGCUACAAGCACUAUGGAAGAACGUCGAGAGAUCUCAAAAGUUUCUGCCUCAAGUACCCGGUCGUCAUGUGGUCAUGGAAAACGGAAGCUGGAUUGAACUUGAUAAUGCUACCUGGAAGCCAAAACGUCCUGUUCAUAUUGUUCUUCUUAACGAUCACCUGCUGGUCGCGUCUAAGAAACGCAAGAAGAUCGAUCCGAAUGUCCCUCAAGCAGGUCCUGCUCCCACGAAGCUCGUCGCAGAGGAAUGUUGGCCUCUGGGAGAGAUUGACAUCAUUGAUAUGGCUGCAGGUGGGCAGAUGAAGCCUGCUGAGGAAAAAGCUGUAGCGAGUGCAUUCACCAUAAGGUCUUCCGGAAGUACAUGGAUUUACCGUCACGAGAAGCGGGAUUUGGAGGUCAAAAUUGACGUGUUGACGGCUAUCAGAAAGGUACAGGAGGAACUACGAAAAGCCAAUAUCCCAGUCAACGAUCAGAGAAACUCAAGGUCUGAGCUCAACUAUCUUGCUUCAAAGGAUCCAUCUGCGCUUAAGAAUGGAGACAUUGUUAACAGCAUCAAUUUAGCCAAGGAGAAACCAGACGUACUCAUCGAAGUAGACGGAAGGCAGCAGAACUUCAGAUGGAUCGAAGGUCAGAUCGACGAACUCGAUAUCGAUAUUGCACUUCAACAUUAUGAAGUGGCUGUUGAGAAAGUGGAGAAGCUGAGAUCCGUCACUGCCAGCCUAAAUAAUGAUUCGGUAGUGCAAGAGCUCAUAUCUGUGGGAGUCGACGAACGCGCUGCAAAGCUAGCAACAGCUUUGUGUCGCGAACUUAUGGACACUCCUUCUUUCGUUGGGGCCACAAAGCGCAUUGCUACUCUUCUUAUCCGCCUCGGUUUCGAAGAUCGUGCGCGAGAAGUCUACCUUGCUGCGAGGGGUGAUACCUUGACCAAGCGACAAAGACAGUGUGUCUUCGACGGCGAUCUACACAAAUACAUCUUCUCAAUCUCUUUCGUCUACUUCACCAUCAUCAAGAACACAGUUCUCAUCUUUCAAGCUUCCUUUCCAGCCACACACAUGAGUGCCUGUAUCAAAUGGGCAAGUGAGCACCUCGAGGUCUUUAACGCCUUACUUGUGCGACAGCUGAGCGCUGUUGAAAGAGGAGGCAAAGUAUGGCGAGAUUGUAUGGACGUCGUAUGGGCACACGAGAAGGAACUGCUUGGUGGUGUGGGACUCGACUUCCGAGAAGUGAUUGGACGUAGCUUGGAAUUUAGAGAAUCAAGAGCCACGGACAUACAGCCCAGAGCUUCGCUGUGGUAA